AUGUACCAUUUAUUGAAGGGCCUUCAUGAACAUCUAACAAGGAAGGAGGAAUUCUCAGUAAUCAUCAUUGGUCUCGAUGCCGCGGGCAAGACCACCCUUCUGGAGAAAAUCAAGACUCUGUACAACGAAACACCAGGCCUAUCUCCGGACAAGAUUGGCCCAACAGUUGGCCAGAACACUGGAAAGAUAGUACUCCCCUCAACCAUCCUGCAAUUCUGGGAUUUAGGCGGCCAACGAGGUAUUCGCAACAUCUGGCAUAGGUACUACGACGACUGCCAUGCUGUAGUCUACGUAAUCGAUGCGGAAGACCGGGAAAGGCUGGCUGAGGGUUGGGAGGUAUUCGACUCUGUCCUAUCUGCUCCUCAAAUACUGGGCAUACCCCUCCUGCUGCUCGCCAAUAAGCAGGAUUCACCGCAGAGCUUGUCCGUUGAAGAGAUAAGACACGACUAUGAAGACUGGCAUCAAAGAAAGCUCGAAAGUGCCCGAAGAAACCGUUAUGGUGAAUCAGAGAACGAUGGGUCCGCCAGGAGGGAGAGAAUAGCGAGCCUGGAUGUAAUGGGUGUAUCUGCUUUGGAAGGGACAGGCGUUAGAGCAGCAGUCGACUGGCUUUUUAUCAGAGUCCAAAACAGCAGAAGACAAACAGAAGAACGGUAA